AUGUUCGUCAUCGGGGAUUUCAUCGACGUCUCCGCAUUCAAUGAGGACCGUCAAAGAUCAGCCGGGUUCUAUAACCUCCACGAGGAUGAAGCUCUGGACGCCGCGUUCAACUUCCACACCACACCACACCCUCCUUCCUCCGAUCUUCCCCCUCUGGACGAUGAAUGGUGGACAACCAUCCCACAGAACAACGACUCCUCCAAAGCAACUCCCACGCAGCAUAUCGCGAAAGCCAACCCUUCCGACUGGCCCUCAACCCCGCACCCUGUUUCCUUCGAUUUUCUACCCCCUCUGGACGAUGAGUGGUGGACGACCAUCCCACAGAACAACGACGUACCCAAUCCAUCUACCGACCUUCCGAAGUUGCCAUCAACCCCGGCCCAACAAACAAGCGCUUGGGCCAAAAACAACCCUCCAGCCCUUCCACGAACUCCCUCCAAGCCUACUGCGCCUGUGCUAUGGCCCGUCAGCCCGAGACUUCGCUUGCCCUCCAACGCAACUCCCACACGGCCGACCGCGACAGCCAAUCUUCCCACUCAUCACCCGCCGACAUCACCCUCACCCCACCUGGACCGAGAAACCGAUAAGAAGCAUCGAUUUCGCGUCCACACCCCGGCCAUGAUGGAGGCUGUAUGUGGGAGGAAGAAAGAUAGGUCGGGACGCAUUCAGAAGAGUGAUGGUGGAAGAAAGGGCAAGAGCAGUGGGAAGGGCAAGAUUGAAGGCCGGAACAAAAAGAAAGAUCUUUGA